UCCAAACGUAAGAUAUUUUGAACAACCACAAGUUUAGCCGCUGAAGAUUCCCUGGUAGAUAACAAGUUAAUUGACAAACACAACACUGAAGAACUCAUGGUUCCAGUUACCUCCUGGGAUUCAAAUCAGAAUCUCUUUGCUAUCUCUCAUUCUUUAAGGUACAAUUCAAAAAUGGCCACCACGACUCUCUCGCAUCAUCUUCUCUGUCUCUACUCUUCUUCUUUUUCUUCCAAACAAUUCAAUUCAUCUCGUUCCAGAAACUUCACCUACUCAGUUCGUUACAAAACCGUCCUCAAAUCAUCACUUCACGAGAAAAACACCACCACUACCGCCACUUCUCUCAAAACUCCACCGCAAAAACAAAUUCCUAAAGUGAUAGAUAAACCCGACCCGAAACGAUUGACUCCAUCUGAUUCUUUUUCUGUUUUCUUCAGCAGUUUGAGAGAUGGAUUUAAGCUCGAUGAAUUGGGAAUGGAGAUAUGGUCUAUUGCAUUACCUGCUGCGUUGGCUUUGGCUGCUGAUCCUAUUGCGUCACUUGUCGAUACAGCUUUUGUUGGUCAUUUAGGAUCGGUUGAAUUGGCAGCAGUUGGGGUUUCAGUGUCUGUGUUUAAUUUAGUGUCAAAACUGUUCAAUGUUCCAUUGCUUAACAUAACAACAUCCUUUGUUGCUGAAGAGCAGGCAUUAAAUAAUCAGGGUAAUGGUGGUACUAGCCGAAUUGGUGAUGAUUAUGGUGUGGAGCAACAAGGCAAGAAACAUCUUCCUUCAGUAUCAGCUUCUUUAGUGCUUGCGGCUGGCAUUGGCAUUGCAGAAGCUGUUGCACUCUCUUUUGGCUCAGGUUUCUUAAUGAAUAUCAUGGGUGUUCCUGUCGAUUCACCUAUGCGAGUACCAGCUGAGAAUUUUCUUGCAUCAAGGGCCUUCGGUGCUCCACCCAUUGUAAUUGCACUUGCUGCACAAGGUGCUUUUCGCGGUUUUAUGGAUACAAAGACACCUUUAUAUGCCAUUGGGGCUGGCAAUUUACUGAAUGCAAUCUUGGAUCCAAUUUUAAUAUUUUUCUUUCAUUUUGGCAUUCGUGGAGCUGCUCUUGCUACUGUGAUUUCUGAAUAUUUAAUUACUUUUAUCCUUCUUUGGGAAUUGAAUGGCAAAGUAUCAUUGAUAUCCCCGGAAAUUGAUGGAGGAAGAUUAAUCAGUUACCUGAAAUCUGGUGGUCUUCUGAUCGGCAGGACAAUAGCAGUCCUUCUGACCAUGACACUGGCGACAUCCAUGGCAGCUAGGGAGGGCCCCGUACCAAUGGCUGGUUAUCAAAUUUGUGUACAAGUUUGGUUGACGGUAUCUUUGCUUAAUGAUGCGCUAGCACUGGCUGGUCAGGCUUUACUUGCCACUGAUUACUCUCAAGGGAAUUAUGAAGAAGCACGCCAGGUGGUUUACAGACUCUUGCAGAUUGGUUUAGUAACCGGAUUAGGUUUGGCUGUUAUUUUAUUCCUUGGAUUUGGAGCAUUUUCUCAUUUAUUCAGCACAGAUUCAGAAGUUCUGGAAAUUUCCUUGUCCGGUAUUAUGUUUGUUGCUGGAACUCAGCCAGUGAAUGCUCUUGCCUUUGUCCUGGAUGGGCUUUAUUAUGGGGUUUCCGACUAUGAAUAUGCUGCUUACUCUAUGGUUCUGGUUGCAAUAAUCUCAUCAGGUUUCCUUCUUGUGGCUGCUCCUGUUUUCGGACUUCUUGGUGUCUGGACUGGGUUAUUUCUAUUCAUGACCUUGCGGGUGGCAUUUGGAAUUUGGAGGUUGAGAACAAAAAGUGGACCAUGGAAAUUGGUUUGGUCUGAGAUGGAGCAGUGAAUCUUGCUGAUUUAUUGACAUUUCUACUGCCUUCUAAAGAUGUUGAGACAGUUGAAUUCCAUCUGGCCAAACCCCACGCAAGUGCUUCGAGUAUCAACUCCAGUUGGGUAACCACUCAGCAGCAACAAUGCCUUUCUCAUAUCAGAAUCACAUCACUGUAUCUGAAAAUUUACCCUCUAUUGUGGCCGGAAGGAUUCAUAUGAGGUGAGUAAAUUUCUGAGAACUACAUCUAUAUAACAUACCACCAAUCUGCAUAAAUAGGAUAUUAGUAUAGUAUGACUGUUCAAUAAAGUAAUUGGUGGUAAGGCAAGGAAUUUAGAAGCAAAGUAUUUUUCCUUCGGCUAUGCCAACGUUAAUCGGGUGUAUGUUAUUUAUUGAUAGUUUUUUUCCCGGCUAAUUGAGUUGUAUCGCAAAAUUGACUUACAAUUGAUAAUAUCUAUUCUAUUAAGUAUUGCUGCAUUAUUUUAUUAAA